CCGCCCCCUCCCCGAGUGGGGCGGAGCCGCGCAGGCCUCCGAGCCGCCGCCGCCGCUCCCGGAAGAGCCGCCGCCGACACCGCCCGCGCUGGGGAUAUGGAGGAGUUUCAACCCCACAGCGACGAGAUGAUCUUCAAUGCUGAUGAAGCCCACAACAUAGUUAAGGAGUGCAUAGAAGAUGUUCUGGGCAAAGCAGAUUAUAACCACAAUAAAGUCAACCAAUGGACUGCAGCUAUCGUAGAACAGUCGCUGACACAUUUGGUGAAACUAGGAAAAACAUACAAGUACAUUGUAACCUGUGCAGUGAUGCAGAGAAGUGGAGCUGGUCUCCACACAGCAAGCUCUUGCUUCUGGGAUACCACAACUGAUGGAACCUGCACAGUGAGAUGGGAAAACCGAACGAUGAACUGCAUUGUCAAUGUUUUUGCAGUUGCUAUUAUCCUGUAGCUGACUGGAAGAUGAAUAUAAGUAACACCGGAGCCUUUAAAAACAAAAAAACAAAACAGCGAAACCCUAUCAUUUACUAAACACAUGACUAAAUAAUUCAAAUCACUUUUUUUUUUUGUAUGAGGAGGUAUAUCAUAUACAAGUUCUCUACAGAGAAUAUACAGUCUCAGCCAAUUCUUAUAGGUUAAUUAUCUGAAACCUAGCACCCCCCAUAUAUUUAUAUAUAUAUAGUUUUUGUAAUUUAAAUAACUUAAAUAUUCAGAGGUGAUGUUAAUGAGAAGAUGCCACAAAGAUCAAUACAAUUUAUAUCAAACCUUAUAUCAGAGACACUUUAUUCAAGAGAAACAACAAACUUCUAAUCAAAGGAAAGGUGAAAGGGCAAGCAAGACCUCAGGAUUAUGAUGAGCUGGGAACAAAUGAUGACUACAAUUCAGAGUGGAUAUAUUGUAAACAAUAUCAGUACUUUGUGUUUGAUUAAACAAAGUUAAAUUGCAUAUUGAAUGUUGAUGCUUGUGAAAUUACAUAAGCAUCACAUUUCAGUCGAGCAUGAACAAGCAUUGAAAUGAAAUAUGCUUAAGCUUUUCCGCCUGAGGCACAAAAUAACUUCGCCAGGGCAAAUAUGAAAUAUACCUAGCUCUAACAAGAAUUCUGAUUUUUCUUCAGAAUGAAGAACAUUGUAUUUGUUACUAAUUCAGGGAAACAUGUUGGGGGUCAGGUGAUAGCAUUUAAUCCAUAAUUUAUACUUUUAAAGAUAUUAUAAAGGUACUUAAAUUUGAUUUUUAUUCCAUGACUAUGGAGUUUGUGACAAGCACUUUAUUGAUUCCUCAUGAAACAAAGGAGAGUACCCAGGAGCUAAAGGAAUAAGACUGGGCCCAUACUUCUCCAAGAAGAAAUAAGUUGUUCAGGGAGAAGGCACACUCAUUUCUAGAUGCUCUUGUUACCUUGAAAGCAUUUAUUUUAAAACAACGUAACUACUCUUUAUAGGAGUAUUUCCUAUAUUCUCAAAGUCUAGAAUUGAAUUUUAGUCCUACAAAAAGUUGUAAGCACUGAGAGUUCCCAUCGUACAAACAUUUAUGCAACUUCUUAACUUCGCUCAUCUGAUUAGUCUCAACUCAAAAUAUUCCACAUGGAAAAAAUGUAUUUGCACAUGCAUAAGUAUUUGCUGGAUUGGGGCCUAUGUUUUUGUCAACUAAUGCACAAAUUAUAUGAUAAAGUUAUAUCAAUACCAAAAAUGCCUAAAUGAUUGCUGCCACUAAGUGGCAGCUACAUUAAGUUGUUUUAUCAAAUGCUGCUUGAUGGUAGAAUUUUUUCUUGAUUAGUGCAUGUCUUUGGAAGAGACUGAUAACUACCUAACAGCUACUGUAAGGCUGUUUUGCAUUUUAACAAAUAGUAUGAAAGCACUGUUACACAGUUUUGAUUCUUUUUUGGAUAACUGACUAUUAGGACAUGUAACAAGUGUCCUGUGCAAAGAAUGAGCUAAAAAGCAUUUCAUUGCUCAAAUUGUGUACAUAGUUGGUAUGAAGACUACAAAAAGAACGUGUGUAUGUGUAAUUCACAGUACUAUUCAAAAUCUGUUGCUUUGCAGACAAAUAGAAUUCAGCUUUUACCUAAGUGCAAGUAAAGUUAAGCCACUGUAACAUUGCAUUUGCUUAACAAGCAGGUGUAGUAUGAAGAUGUAUUUGCAUGUUGUACUAACUUUCAGAUAUAUAGUAGAGUAAUUGAGUAUUAUUUGGGUUAGGAUAGCAGUUUCCAAACUAGCUGUCAACAUUUAAGACCUGAGUUGUGAACCUAACAAAAAUGCAGUAGUUGCACUUGUGUUUGGGAUCGCACAAGGUAACAAACUUAGGUGGAAUGACAGCCAGAAAAAGCUUUGGGAACUGCUGAUACUGUGUAAGAUGUGUGUGAGUAAAAAUAUAGUGAUGACUGUUAUCCUCAUUUAAUGGGCCUUCAGGUGCCAUGGACAGGAGGAAUAUUAUUCCAAAUAGCUGUUUACAAUCUCAUUUAGUAUUUUUGCUUUACUUGAAAAUAAAAUGCACUGAGUAAGAUUAUUACUUAGAUUAGGCUUGGUGAAAGUUCCAGUGCAGAAGAUCUUUCACUAGAAACCAAGAGUAUACUGCUUAAUUAUAAUAUUGCUUCAUUUUUCUUUCUACCAAAAAAAAAAAUAAAGAUUUGCCUUAGUUGUA